AUCUGGAAUAGGUAAAUCCAUAGAAACAGAACACACAUUGGUGGUUGCCAGGAGGGAGGAGGGGAACAGGGAGCAACUGUUUAGCGGGUAUGAGGUUUUCUUUCGGGAUGAUAAAAAGGUUUUGGAGCUGGAUAGAAGUGGUGAUUGCACAGCAUUGCAAACAUACUAAAUACCACUGAAUUGUUCACUUCAAAAUGGUUAAUGUUAUGUUAUGUGUAUUUCGCCUCAAUAACAGCAAGAGUUAAAAAAAAAAAAGGCCAAUCAGCUGACAUUCAAUGAGUUCUCCUUUAAUUUUGUUGAAAGGAAAGACAGAGAAAGAACCUGACUAGCAGAAUGAUGUUACUAGGUCACUCACUUUCUCAGAACCAACACAGACUUUGGACCGCCCCUUUGGUGCCCUGGGGUUUUGACCCUCCUGAAUUCCCCCUUGGGCCUUCUUUCUGUGGUAAGGGAGGGUCAGACGAGGGGUGCGGAAAGAGAUACCUGCUCUUCUUUCACAGGGGCCCUCUCAGGCCCAUCAGCAUCCCAGCAUCACAUGGGAGUGUCAGAUCUGCAAACUGUCCCCUUACAUCUAUCCAGGUCCACCUACCCCUUGGACAGUGCUCUCCCCCUACAGGGAUGCAUGUGCCCUAGUUUGAAGACUGCUGCCCUGGAGAAGCUUACACGUUGCACCCAGAGAAGACUAAAGAGAGUUCACAGCACAUUGUGGUGAUAACCACCAGUUUAAAAAAAGCAAACAUCCAUCCACAGGACAAAAGACAAAUAAAUGGUGGUGUGAGCAUGCAAUAGAAAGAAAGUGAAUGAAUUACAGCUAGACAAGUCAACAAAAUCAUAAUGUGGAGUGAAAAAGCCAGCCCCAGAAGAACACAGGGCAUGAUUCCAUUUAUAUGAAGAUUGAACAGGCAAAGUUAAACAGUACGCUGUUUAGGAAAACCUACCACAUGUAUAGAUAGUGAAACUAUGAAGAUAAGCAAAGGAAGUAUACACAAGAAAUGCAGGGUAGAGGUCACCCUGGGGGAGGGAGAGAGACGCAGUCAGCGUGGAGCACACGAGCCAUCUAAGGUCCUGGGAAUUUAUUUCUUAAGCUGUAAUCAGGUACCCAGGGUUGCCCACCCCCGCCACAAUGGCCUCUGGGGUGGAAGUCCUGCGCUUCCAGCUGCCCGGCCACGAGGCCGCUACACUGCGGAACAUGAACCAGCUCCGUGCAGAGGAGCGGUUCUGCGACGUGACCAUUGUGGCCGACAGCCUCAAGUUCCGCGGCCACAAGGUCAUCCUGGCCGCCUGCUCACCGUUCCUGCGGGACCAGUUCCUACUGAACCCCAGCUCUGAGCUGCAGGUUUCACUGAUGCACAGUGCACGCAUAGUGGCGGACCUGCUCCUCUCCUGCUACACGGGUGCCCUGGAAUUCGCCGUCAGGGACAUCGUUAACUACCUGACGGCUGCCUCCUACCUGCAGAUGGAGCACGUGGUGGAGAAAUGCCGGAAUGCCCUCAGCCAGUUCAUUGAGCCCAAAAUAGGCCUCAAAGAGGAUGGGGUCAGCGAUGCUAGCCUUGUGAGCAGUGUCAGUGCCACCAAAUCCCUCCUUCCUCCUGCCAGGACCCCAAAGCCAGCCCCCAAGCCCCCACCCCCACCCCCUCUACCCCCUCCCCUCCUUCGGCCUGUGAAGCUGGAGUACCCGCUGGAUGAGGACCUGGAGCUGAAGGCCGAGGAAGAGGAUGAGGAUGAGGAUGAGGACGUGUCUGAUAUCUGCAUCGUCAAGGUGGAGUCGGCCCUGGAGGUGGCACACCGGCUCAAACCUCCUGGAAGCCUGGGAGGUGGGCUGGGCAUUGGAGGCUCCGUGGGCAGCCACCUUGGGGAGCUGACCCAGAGCAGCGUGCCCCCCAGCACUGUGGCCCCACCGCAGGGUGUGGUGAAAGCCUGCUACAGCCUGUCCGAGGACGCGGAAGGGGAGGGCCUGCUGUUGAUCCCCGGAGGCCGGGCCAGUGUGGGGGCCACCUCGGGCCUGGUGGAGGCAGCAGCGGUGGCCAUGGCUGCCCGGGGGGCGGGGGGCAGCCUGGGGGCUGGGGGGAGCCGGGGACCCCUGCCCGGGGGCUUCUCCAGUGGAAACCCCCUAAAGAACAUCAAGUGCACCAAGUGCCCAGAAGUGUUCCAGGGCGUGGAGAAGCUGGUCUUCCACAUGCGGGCACAGCACUUCAUCUUCAUGUGCCCCCGCUGCGGCAAGCAGUUCAACCACAGCAGCAACCUCAACCGCCACAUGAACGUGCACCGCGGCGUCAAGUCGCACUCGUGUGGCAUCUGCGGCAAGUGCUUCACGCAGAAGUCCACGCUGCACGACCACCUCAACCUCCACUCGGGAGCGAGGCCCUAUCGCUGCUCCUACUGCGACGUGCGCUUCGCCCACAAGCCUGCCAUUAGGCGGCACCUCAAGGAGCAGCACGGCAAGACCACGGCUGAGAACGUGCUAGAGGCCAGCGUGGCUGAGAUCAACGUCCUCAUCCGCUAGCGUUAGCGGGGCAGGCAGCUGGGUCCCUGGGCUGGGUGAGAAGGGGGCUCUCUGGCCCAGGAGAAUAGGGGGGUGGGGGUCAGGGGCAGGCAGGUACGGUGGGGAACCUGAGCAGAUACACAUCCUGAGGGAGGGGCCGAGGAUUCCUUGGAGAGAAGACCCUGCCUCUUCAGAAGAAAAGAAUGGAGGAGGAGAGGGUUCUUUAAGAAGGCCAAGGGAAUACGGAGUCAAAGAGAAAGAUUUUCUUUUCUUAGUUGUGCAUGGAUAUGUGGAGAGAGGAAAAGGGUCCUAUACAAAUGAGGAGGAAAAAAGACUGGAAACUGUUUUAUUCUUGGGGUAAGGCUGCCCAGGGAGAGGUUCUGACAUUUCUUGAGGUAGGGGGCGGGAGGGUGGGAACUGGGAGGGAAUUUGGCAGGAGGCAGCUUACCUGCUCCUGCUUAGAAUAGAUCCUUGGGAGAGGGAGUGGUAGGGGGAAAGGAUUAUUGAAUCUCAGAAAAG